GUUCAAUUUAUGGUUUCAAGAUACAUGCAUCAUGCAUGCACACAAUUACUAUAAGUAAGUCUUUAAGACUGAUUAAUGUAGUGACACUCAGAUAAUUUUCAUUUUCCACAUUUAUAAAUUAGAAUACCCAAAAUAUGCAAUAACUAUUCGCAUAUAUCUCUUUCUCUUUUAAACUCUGCUUUUCCGGUCAUAUAACUAGAACAGUUUCAUUCAAACAUAAAGGGAAUGGCCAGAAAUAAUGAGGGACCUGUGAUUGGAAUUGACCUUGGCACAACCUACUCACGAGUCGCUGUAUGGCAGGAGCAAAACAAUAGCGCAGUGAUUAUCCGCGACGAACAAGGCAACAUAACCAUCCCUUCGUUUGUUGCUUUCACUAAUUCUCAAAAGUUGGUUGGUGAUGCUGCUAAAGAUCAGGUUGCCUCUAACCCAUCCAACACCAUCUUUGAUGCAAAGAAGUUGAUUGGAAGGAAAUAUAGUGAUCCCAUAAUUCAGAACAAUCUAAGGUUAUGGCCUUUCAAGGUCAUUUCUAGUACAAAUGACAAACCUAUGAUUGUUGUUAAGUACAAAGGUAAGGAAAAACACCUUUUUCCUGAAGAAAUAUUAUCUAUAAUAAUCAAAAAGAUGCUAGAGAUGGCAGAGAAAUUUUUAGAGUCACAUGUCAAAACUGUAGUGAUCACUGUGCCUGCUUAUUUUGACAACUCUCAGCGGGUAGCCAUGAAAGAUGCUGGUCUCAUUGCUGGCCUAAAUGUAAUGCAGAUAAUUAACGAACCAAUUGCUGCAGCUCUUACAUAUGGUCUACAUACGAGGGCCAAUUGUGUUGAAAAUAAAAAUAUUUUUAUUUGUGAUAUCGGUGGUGGAACUUUCGGUGUGUCUCUCAUCACACUCAAGGGUGACAAGUAUGAAAUAAAGGCAACGGCCGAGACACAAUUUGGAGGAGAGGAUUUUAGUGAUAGAAUGGUGAACCAUUUUGUGAAGGAGUUCAAAAGGAGGCAUGGAAUUGAGAUUAGUGGAAAUUCGAGUGCCCUUAGGAGGUUGAGAAUUGAGUGUGAGAGGGCAAAAAGGACACUUUCUUAUCGCUAUGAGGUCAUAAUUAAAGUUGAUGCUAUAUGUCAUGAUAUUUACUUUGAUCGCUCGAUCACUCGGGCUAAGUUUGAGCAACUCAACAUGGACCUCUUUGAAAAGUUUAUGAAUAUCGUUGAGAGUUGUCUUACUAAUGCUAAAAUAGGCACGAGUAGUGUAGAUGAUGUCGUACUUGUUGGUGGCUCGUCAAAGAUUCCCAAAAUUCAGAAUCUUCUAGAAGACUUUUUUAAAAAAGGGGUGAAACUGUUUGAUCCUGAUGAGGCUAAGGCUGCUGCAUAUGGUGCAGCAAUCCAAGCUGCUUUGUUAAGGGGAGGCCUUAAGAAUGUUCCAAUGAAUGUGCAUCAAUAUCUUACCCGGAUGUCUCUUGCAGGGGAACCAAUACAUGGAAAAAUAGAGAAAAAUAAAAAAGUAAAUGUUACAAUUGAAGAUAACAAAUCCAGUGUUACGAUUGAUUUUCAAGAGGGUUCUGGAAUAACGAUUAAUAUUCCUGGUUCAUCUAAUAUCUCACUUCCUGAUCCUGCUUUUGAAUUUCCUAUUAAUGUCUGCUUUGCUGCAGAUUCCGAUGGUAUGUUAAAUGUCUCUGCUGAGGUACAAACCGUUUCCAAAGAUAUCAUAAUAACCAAUGAAAAUGUAAGGCUGGAGUUACGAAACCAACAUAAAAACCUUUCUUAGUUCUAUGCUUCCAACACUACUGCAAUCAUGAAGGGUGAAUGUUUGCUUGAUG